AUGAAGAUGAGGAUCACAUCCUACUGGACCAUCGUCCUGAGAAGGAUUGUAGAUAACCUUGCGCUGUAUCUUCAAUUCUCUGUGAAGAACCUCGUUAACAGCCGGUUUCAGAAGGAGAUCGUCGCGGAAAUGGUGGAUCCCAGAGGCGGCGGAGGAAUUGAGAGGAUGUUGGAGGAGUCGCCGUCGGUGGCGAGCAAGAGGGAGAAGCUUGAUAACAGUAUUAAGCUUUUGAAGGAGUCGAAGGACGCUGUUGCCGCCAUUGUUGAUCAGAAUUCUGGGUAUGGAGAUCGUUGA